AAAUGGCAAACGUCCGCGCAGUUUAGAAUCAGCCAGCCAACCGCAAGGUGUUGCAUUCGCUAAAAAGUAGACUCGAUCAGGAGCUCAACAGUGUGGGAGAUUAUUCUUUGUUUGAAAAGGAAUUCCCCCCAAACAAGAAAUUCAAUUGUCACCAUUUGAUCAAACAAAGUUGAUCAUGCAGUUUCUAUUAUUGCAAGCAGUUCUCCUUCUGAUCGGCUGGUCUCAAGUGGUUAGUGGCCAUGUGUUUGGCUACUCGGAACCCAAUCAGAGGCGUUGGGCGCGUCAUCAUGGUCAUUGUGCCGGCAGGACACAGUCACCCAUUGCCAUCAGCUCCAGCCAUACAAUGCCAUUGCAUAUGCCGGCUGUGGACAUGAUUGGCUAUCACAAUCUGUUGCCGUAUCCUUUGAAAAUGGUCAACAACGGGCAUACGGUCAGCAUUAACAUACCCAAAGGCAACGCGAGCGCCGAUCAGGAUGAUUUUAUGCCAUAUAUACGCGGUGCCAAGUUGCCGGGUGAAUUCGAGGUAGAGGGACUGCAUUUCCACUGGGGUGACAAGAACAAUCGCGGCUCGGAGCAUGUCAUCAAUGACAUACGCUACACCAUGGAGAUGCAUAUUGUGCAUCGCAACAAGAAGUAUGCCACCAUUGGUGAGGCGCUCAAUCAUCCCGAUGGUGCUGCUGUGCUGGGAUUUUUCUUCAACUUGGAUGAGGAUGAGGGUCAAGGGCUGGUGACCAUCAAUCGCCAUUUGCAUUUGAUCGCUGAUGCUAAUCAGGAGGCGGCGCUAAAUGUCACCUUCUCGCUGUCCUCGUUGAUAGCCAACGUGGACGUGGACAAGUUCUAUACUUACAAAGGUUCGCUUACCACACCUCCCUGCUCGGAGGCCGUCACCUGGAUUCUGUUCCCCGAUCCCAUACCCAUUUCGCCCAAACAGAUUUCACGCUUCCGCCAGCUGUCAGACACACAGGAUGGUGCACUAGUCGACAAUUUCCGGACACUGCAGCCAGUUGGUAAUCGUCGUAUCUUUGCACGCACUGGACACGUGCGACACACGUCGAUUGCAUCGCUGAAGCAUGAGGGCGACUAUCUGAAGUACGAUUGGUUCUAUUGAGGCGGCAGCUGGACGCUGUGGAUGUGGAUGUGUGCUCUGUGCCAUGCUAUGUGUUAGAUUAGAUGUUUAGCCUUUGCAUUUAUUUAACUUAACUAUUAACAAUUCGCUGUAAGCUAAUCUCUCUCCCUCCUCUCUCGAUAAGUAA